AUGGAUUCAUUGCCUACUGCAGAUUUGGUGCCUGAACUGAACAAGGAGCAAGGUCCGAAACCCACCCUACAGAGGAAGGACCCUGAAGAUUUGGUGCCUGAACUGAACAAGGAGCAAGGUCCGAAACCACCUUCAGAAGAAGGACCUGAAGGUCAGCAACGAGGUGGAAUGCCACGAGGUGAACCCCAACAACAGGCCGGAAUGUUGCCCCAAGGUGAACCUCAACAGCAAGCAGCGCCUCCUGAUUCUCAACAGCCGGCACCGCAGGAAGAAGGUAAGCUUGUUCAACAGUGUUCGUCAAUUUUCGCGCUGAAAUAA